AUGUAUACCCAAACAACGACGGCGAUGUCGUCGUCGACGCUCACAGUAUCAGAGCUCGACCGUCCCAUCUAUACUAUCGAUGAGCUCAUCAAAAGACGUGCUCUAGAGUUAGGCGACACUCCCCUGAUUGGGUAUCCCAAAGAAGGGCUGCUUGAUUUUGAAGAACAUAGCGCUGCUGCGAUAGACAGAUACGUCGAUGCUGCAGUGCAGAAGCUGCAAGACAUUGGGCUCUCCUCAGUUGAUCCAUCGCUGGACAAGCCUCCUGUGAUUGGAAUACUUGCACAAUCCGGCCUCCAUGUCGUUAUUACCAUUAUGGCUCUUAGCCGUCUAGGCUAUGCUGUCUUUUUGGUCUCAACACGGCUCGCAAGCCCAUCAAUUACCCGCCUCUGCGAACUAGCUGACUGCGCUGCCAUGCUUACAACCCCAAACUUCCAUCCGGUUUUAUCAGAGGUUCAGCAACAACGGAGACUCGAUGUGCUACCCUUGCUUUCGCACUCGGAUUACUAUGGCAAAGAUGCCCCCAAGUUCUCCCGAACUUAUGAUCGGGAGAAGGAGAACAAAAAAAUUGCGGCAAUCAUUCACUCCUCCGGGUCGACGGGCUUCCCGAAGCCGAUUUACCUCACGCAUAAAAGCUGCAUCGGAGCAUUCUCGACCAACAUAGGCAUGCGAGCUUUCAUCGUGUCUCCGCUGUUUCAUAGCCAUGGCUUCUACGAGACAUUCAGGUCCAUAUAUUCCAAGAAGCCAAUUUACCUUGGCAACUACACCAUCCCUUUAACAAGUCAAAAUCUCAUUAAGAUGCUUGACUACGUGAAACCAGAGCUGUUCCACGUUGUCCCAUACGUGUUGAAGCUUCUUGCAGAGACAGAUGAUGGUAUCCGCGCUCUUGCGAACGUGAAACUAGUACUAUUUGGUGGAAGUAGUUGCCCAGAUGAUCUGGGAGACCAUCUCGUGAACAAGGGGGUAUAUCUUGUGGGGAACUAUGGCUGCACUGAGAUAGGCAGAGUCAUGAACUCUGUUCGUCCCGCGGGCGACAAGGCAUGGAACUAUCUGCGCCCCCUCCCCGUUGCAAAGCCAUACGUUGUCAUGGACGAGAUCUCUCCAGGUAUAUUCGAGUGUGUCUGCCUUGACGGCUACCCAGCAAAGAGUACCUCAAAUUGUAAUGACCCGCCUGGGUCUUUCCGCACACGAGACCUAUUCAGACGCCAUCCUACGGAACCUGACUGGUGGAGGUAUGUUAGCAGACUGGAUGACAGGUUCACUCUCAUCAACGGCGAAAAGGUUUUGCCUAUUCCCAUUGAGGGCCGCAUCCGCCAGGAGCAGAUUGUCAAGGAGGCAAUUGUCUUCGGUGAGCAGAAAGAUUACCCCGGCGUGCUAAUUGUCAAGGCCGACAAUGCUGCGCACUUGUCUGAUGCGCAGUUUGUCGAGGAAAUCUGGCCGGCGGUUGAGGCUGCCAACGCCCAAGCAGAAUCAUUCUCUCGGAUUCCUAAAGAGCUUAUCGUUGUCCUUCCAUCCGACGCUGAGUAUCCUAAAACGGAUAAGGGAACGUUCAUCCGAGUGCCAUUCUAUCAGAAGUUUGAGAAGUUGAUCCAGGCCGCCUAUGAGCGCUACGAAAAUGAAAGUAACACAUGCGGAUCGCUUUCACUCGAAGCCGAAGCCCUCGAAGCUUGGCUUCUAGAGCAGCUCAACGGAAAAUCAGAGAAUGCUUUGCGUUCGGUGGAGUCAGAUUUCUUUGCGUCUGGCAUUGACAGUCUCAUUUGCAUCCAGAUGUGGAGCUUGAUUAAAAGGCGAAUCGACCUCGGCGGACGACAGGGUCAAUUGGGCCAGAACAUUCUUUAUGAAACUGGAAACAUCAAGGCGCUUUCCCGUCAUCUCGAGGCACUUAGGAAUGGAAGGGAAGAUAUCUCAAAGGAUGAGCUUGAGAAGAUGGAGGAGUUGAUCGCCAAGUACUCCUCAUUCAAAAAGCAUGUUGCUGGAGCAGCCUCCAAGCCCGAAAAUGAGGUUGUUGUGAGUUGGUUUAAGCUAGUAACUGGUGUCACUGGUGGACUUGGUGCCCACAUUCUAGCUCAACUAACCUCCCUCCCACACAUCUCGGAAGUUUGGGCCGCCGUCCGCGCAGCCAACGAUACAGCCGCCAGGACUCGCAUCACAGCAUCACUCUCCUCCCGUGGUAUCUACCUCACGCCAUCACAGCAAGCCAAGGUCGUGCCGCUAGCAACUGACCUCGGCCUUUCAGACUUUGGCCUCGGUACCUCACGGCUGUCAGAGCUCAAAUCCAAGUUGACGAUGGUGAUUCACAGCGCCUGGGCUGUCAACUUCAACAUCCCCGUGCAGAGCUUCGAGGACCAGCACAUCAAGGCGGUCUACAGCCUCAUUCAGCUCUGUCAGUCUGUCGAGACGCCCGCUCCGGCUCGCUUCUUCUUCUGCUCCUCGGUCUCAGCAGCGGGUGGGACGCCUCGGCCAGGCAUUGUAAAAGAAGGCCCCGUACCAACACCGCGCAACGCUCAAGGGACAGGAUAUGCUAGGUCUAAAUAUGUGUCUGAGCAUAUCACUCGAAAUGCAAACCUAACUGUCGGUGCUUCCGCGAGGGUUCUGAGAAUCGGGCAGCUGGUUGGAGACAGUAAAGUUGGGGAGUGGAACACGACGGAGGGUGUCCCGUUGAUGAUUCAGACGGCUGUUACAUUGGGUGCUUUGCCGACUCUGGAUGAGGAAAUGACUUGGCUUCCCGUCGAUCUUGCCGCUACAACUAUUCUGGAGAUGACCAAUGCCAAUAGGAGCAGGCCGGCGGAACAAGUUAGCGAACGAGACUCUGACGCAGAUUUGGUGUACCAUGUCCUUAACCCAAUCCGCUUUCAUUGGACCCAGCAAAUGCUCCCUUCACUCUCGAAAGCCGGCCUCCGGUUUGAGGCACUUCCAACAGACCAGUGGAUGGAAAAGCUGCGCAAUUCGGAAAGAGAUCCGGAAAAGAAUCCGCCCAUCAAGCUAUUGGGUUGGUUUGAGAGCAAAUAUGGCCACGGCGCUAGCUCUGCGGGUAAAGGUGGCCUGGAGUACUUGACGGGGGAGAGCAUGAAGGACAGCCCAACGUUGAGAAACUUACCGGAUGUAACGGACGUGUUGUUUGUGCGGCUAAUGAUUGAGAGGUUGAAAGCGCGUUGGAAGGCUGGGGUGUAA